UAAAUGAAAUAUCUUGAAAGUCAUUAGUUAAGGGAUUACGUUUGACAAGUUGCAGAAGCGGGCCACCGCACGCAACCAGCUGCUUUGGCGCGGGCAUUCUUGUGUGCACAGCAUCCCACAGACCGGAUAGAUCGCUCGGUAUUCUAUAGAACUCUAGGCCUAGGACCUCAUUUCAUUUCGGGACGCAGCGCAGCCGCCAAGAUAUUGACAUGAAGGGCGGCAAGGACCGGCACAGGCCCUCAGCUGGCGCUGACGACAGCGAUUUGGAGGACGGCGAGCUGCCCGGCGAGCAAAAUGAAGACUACCGCAGCCCGCCGCGAAAGCAACGCAAGCUCGGCACCCCUCAGAAGGGUCAAGGGGGCGGUCGUGCGGGCGACGCGCCAGGCGGCAAGCCCAUAGACCGUAAUGGCCGCGGCCACAGCAGCGACAAAGGCAGCGGCCACGGCAGCAUCAGCGGAAAAGGCAGUAGCGGGAAAGGGCACCAGCAGCAACACCAACGCCACCCGCAGGAGCACCAUUCCACCAGCCAGCAACACAAACACCCCCAACAGCCGCAACAGCACGACAAGCGUUCUGUUGCGCCCGGCGGCGGCGCCCGAGGCCCGGCAGACGGUGGCGGCGGCGGCGGCGGCGGCGGCAAGCCUGGAGCUGGCGGCAAGGGUGCGGGCGGCGCCGCGGCGGCAGGCGUCCGAGGCCCGGGAGCCGCCGGCGGCGCCGGCGGCGGCAGCAUCAGUGGUGGCGGUGGUGGCGGCAGUAGCAGCGGGGCGGCGGCGGCGGCGGCGCGGGAGGCGCUGAAGGCCCGGCUGGCGGGCUUGGUGGAUGUGUGGGAGGGGGAGGGGGCGGAGGCGGGUGGCGACAAGGGCGCUAGCGCUGCUGGUGGUGGCGGCGGCAAGGCGCGUCCCGGCGCCGCUACUGCUACCGGUGCUACUGCUGCUACCGGUGCUGCUGCUGCUGCUGCCCGGGCCUCAGCACCGGGCGGCGGUGGCGGCAAGUAUGUGGCCGACGUCUACAAGGACGCGCGUCCCAGCGUGGAAAUCAAAACCGUCCCCGGCAGCGGCGGCAGUAGCGGCGGCGGCGGCAGUAGCGGCGGCGGCGGCGGCGGCCAGCCCCCCGUGAUCCGGCUGCCUGACGUGAAUGCGCUGGUGCUAUGGGCGCUGAGUCCGGCGGGCGGGGCGGCGGCGAACCUUGUGGAGGCGCCGCGAUGGGCGUUUGUCAAGAACAAACCGCUGGUCCGCGGGGUGGUGCUGGCGCUGGCGUUUGGGCUGAGCACCGCCCUGCUGGAGGAGAAGAAGCACCUGCUCCCCUUCCUGACCAGCGGCGUGCUGGGCCGCCGCGCCACCCUGCACACCUCGCCACAGACCAAACCUGCCACCUGCACCGCCGAGCUCCUCACCACGCGCCUCGCGCCGCGCACCGCCAAACGCAAGCGCGAGCAGCAGGAGGCGGCGGACAAGGCGGAGGCGGCGGCGGCUAGGGAGGCCAAGGACAAGGCGGGAGGCACGGAGGGCGGGCCGCCGCCGCCGCCCGGGCCGCCGCUGCCUCCGGGGCCCUUCCCGCCCUCACACUAUGUGGCGACCCUGGAGCAGCUGCGGAUGCACAACUACCCCCUGCCGCGGCUGGAGGGGGACGGGCAGAGCGGCGAGGAGGAGGAGGGGGAGGAGGAGGCGGAGGGGAAAGAGGCAGGCAGAGGGGAAGAGGACGAUAAAGGAGGAAAGCAGAGCGGGGGCGGGCCGGCGGCGAAAGGGAAAAGCGGGAGUGGCGGCGACGGCGAUGGCGGCGGCGACGGCGCGAGUGAGAAGCUGGUGUGUCCCCCCGGCUUCCUGGCGACACAGCCCUCAGGCGACCCCUUUGCGUGCGAGCGCAUGUUGGCUCUGGACUGCGAAAUGUGCGUGACGGCGGCGGGAUUCGAACUCACGCGCAUGACUGUUGUGGCCGGCCCUGGCUGGAGCGGCCCCGGCUCGGAGGCGGCGGUGGCGGCGGCGCACGCCGCGCGCGCGGCGGCGGCGGCGGCGCGGCGGCGGCAGCUGGCGGCGCAGGCGGCGGCGGGGAUCGAGCCGUCGGGACCGGAGGCGGUUCCGGGCGAGGGCGCUGGAGGGGAGGGGAACACGGUUGCGGGGAGGGGGGGCGAGGAGGAGGAUGACGGGCAGGGGGAGGGCAGUGCAGCAGAAGCGGCGACGCUGCUCACCAACGCCAACGGCAGCAGCAAGGGAAGCGCUGGGAAGGACAAGAGCAAAGGAAGGCGGGGCCUCGGUGACGCGUCAACCGCCAACGGUAACGGCAGCGGCGCCGCUGCCAACGGAUUUCCGGUUGGCGCGGUGCUGCUGGACGAGUUGGUUGUGCCCGCUCGUCCCAUAACCGACUACAACACGCGCUACAGCGGCAUAACCGCCAACAUGCUUGCGGGCUGCGUCAACACGCUGGAAGACGUGCGGAUCCUGGCCCGCCGCUUCCUGCGCCGCACCAUCCAGGACGGCGCCGCCGGCCACGACAGCGCCGUGGACGCCCGCACCGCACUGGAGCUGACCCUGCUCAAGAUCAAACACGGCCCCUCCUACGGCGCUGGCAACAGCGGCCCGCACGCCGCCGCGCCCAAGCUGGUCGAGGUGCUGGCGGCGCACUGCCCCAACCCCGGCGGCGGGCCGGGCGGCGGCGGCGGCGGCGGCGGCGGCGGACCCGGCGGGUCGUCAGGUGGCGGCGGUGGCGGCGGCUGCAGGUGCUGCCUGGUGGACCGACACGAUGUGCUGGCGCGCUACGUGACCGGCACGGCGGCGGCGGUGCCGGUGGCGGCGGACGAGGAGGCGGUGGCGGCGGCGGCGCGGGCGGCGGGCGGCGGCGGCGCGCCGUACGGCUUCGUGUGGACCCAGAUCACAGAGCUGUCCACCUUCCUGUUCCGGAGGGCCAAGCACAAGUCACGAGUGCUAGAACAGGAGCGCGCGGAGGCAGCGGCUGCUGCCGCCGCCGCCGCCGCUGAGGCAGGCAAGGACGUCGCCAAGACCGCCACGGCCGCAGCCGCCGCCACCGCCGCCACCAGCCUCGUCCCCAAUCCCACCGCCGCCAACGGCGCGGCAGCGGCCUCCGCCGCCGCCGCAGCUGCGUCAGCAGCUGCCGCCGCCGCGGCCGCGUCAGCGGCCGCCGCCGCAGGCGCCGCAGGCGCCGCCGCCGGCGCCGCCUCCUCUUGCGAGGCGGAGGCGGACUACAGCGAGGCGGCCCUGGACCGGGUGCUGGCCGCCACUGACGCCCGUCUGGCGGCGCUGUGGCGGGCGCUGCCGCCGCGCGUGAUGCUGGUGCUGGCCACCGGGGCGGGCGACACGGCAGAGUAUGAGCGGCGUUAUGAGCAGAAGUGCAAGCGCUGUGCCGCGGACUCGGGCCUGCCACCCUGGAACACGGCGGAGGAGGACGCGCUUGUGGCGCUGGCGGCGCGGGAGAUGCAGGCAGCCGUGUUUGCGGCCGUCAAGCCCGACCCCGACCAACAACAACAACAGCAGGGGCAGCAGCAGCAGGGACAAGGGGCGGAUGCGGUCGCGGCAGCAGCGGCAGCAGUUGCAGGAGCGGCAGCAGGAGCAGGAGCGACGGAUGGAGGGGUGCAGGCAAGAGGAGGCUGGGCAGAAGGAGGGGCAGGAGGAGGGGCAGGAGGAGGAGCAGAGGGUGCGGGCGUCCCCUCCAGGCCAGGUCCGCAGCAGGCCGGGCACAGCGGUCAGCCGCAGGGCGCCGGCCGCGGCGGACACACCGCUGCGGUCGCAGGCGGCGGCGGCAGGCCCAAUGUGUGGAGGCGCGACGCCGCCAGGGAGGGGGAGGGGGAGGCUGUUUCACCAGGGCUGUCGCCUGCGCCGGCGGCAGGCAGAGGCGGAAGCGGAGGCGGAAGCGGGGGCGGACACCGAGCUCGGGCAGCGCCACAGGGGCAGGGGCGGGGGCGGCACUCGCAGCAGCAGAAGGAACGUCCACCGCACAUGCAAUCACAAGGGCACCAACAGCACCGGCACCACCAACAGCAGCAGCAGCACCAACAGCACCAGCAGCACCACCGGCGUCAUCAACACGAGCAGCCCGCGGCAAAGCGCCGGAAGGGGUAGGGCGGCAGGCAGGCGGCGCCGCGGGCGGCGUGUUGUGUGCAGGAGCUGUGGGCAGCGGCGCAGCGGCGCAGUGGGGCGGAGGCUGAGGCAGGUGGCGGCUAGCAGGGCCGCUGACUUGGCUUUAGCUGUGGUGGUGCAAAGGCUUAGCUUUGAGGCCUGUGUGAUCUGCACUGCCUUGUAUUACCUCGUACUGCAUUGCCUCGUCCAGUUGGCUGAGACGUGGUGCCGGUACGGUGUACGGCGCCGGUCGUGGUUGGGCGCGUGAUGCCGUGACGGGCGCACACCGUGGUGCGGGCGUGUGUAUAUGCGGGUAUGUGCAGACGUGUCAGGCGUGUAAGGUGAAUCGACGAAUCGUCAUCAAAAUAAGUAUGCAAAGAUUGAGGCCCUCGCUCUUCCGUGAAGGGUAGACCGUCGUCAACCCUUCUUCCAGAUUCAAAUCUUGGCUAAAUCACAUUCUGCGAUCAUCUAGAGUUCAGCCGCUGCUGCGGAGUAGUCCCACCCGGAAUACUCAUUUACCGGAGGAUGAGGCUGGAGGAAGAAGGGAGGGCGCGGAAGGCUGCAAGACGUGGAUGCAAAACAGCAAACGCUGUCAAACCUGUAGGUGCUCGGAGGCCGCUGGACGGCAGGAGGUUGCACUCCAGAACCCCGGCAGAACCGUUUGAAACUU